UAAUCGGUCGACUUGUCUAACAUGCGAUGCCUCCAGCAUGCAAUGAUAGACUAUAUAAACGGGGCAGCUCUGGAGGGGCUGCUAGUCGUUCGUGCGUUUUCCGUGGAGUAAUCUAAACAUGGUCAAGACAAGCUUUUGCCUAGUGCCCCUCUUCUGCCAGCUAUGGGGUCUUCAUGCCGCGCUGCUGGACUCCCUAGUGAGUCAGAGCAACAUCUAUUACCUGGGGCCCACGUCGGAGCUGCCCUUGCAGAGCGUGGACCAGGUGGCAACGGUGGACUCGGUCAAGCUGAUUGUCCACGGCUACUUGGCCUCGCGGUCGCACGGCUCCAUACUACCCCUGAGGAAUGCGUACAGCUCCCAGGGCUAUGAGAAUGUCCUGGUGGCUGACUGGUCGCCUGCCGCCAGUCUGGACUAUCCCACCUCGCGAUUUGCCGUGGGAAAGGUGUCCCUGGCCCUGGCCAAGGAACUGCAGAGGUUCCUCCUCCGACACAGCAUACCCACCGCUGCUGUCCAUGUGGUAGGACACAGCUUGGGGGCUCACAUAGCUGGCCGCAUUGGCCACUACUUUAAUGGAACUCUGGGAAGGGUUACGGGUCUCGAUCCUGCGCUCCCCCUGUUUACCCAGCGCUCCGUUGACAGUCUUCGCUCGAAUGCAGCUCAGUUUGUGGAUGUUAUUCAUACGGAUUACCCGCUCUUCGGCGACAUAAGACCCCGUGGAACUGUGGACUUUUAUCCCAACUUUGGAUUCGCCCCGCAGCCGGGCUGUGAGGACGUGGACUUAAUUGCUGCCAGUAAGCUCCUUCGCGAAGCUUACAGCUGCAGUCAUAAUAGAGCUGUGAUGUUCUACGCGGAGUCCAUAGGAAUGCCCCGAAACUUUCCAGCUAUUCCCUGCAGUUUGAAGGCCAUCAAGAGUCGUCAUGUGGAUAGUUGCCUGCGGGAGGCUAGGUCGAGGCCAAGUCAGAGCGGAACGGCAUCUGAAAAUAUGGUUGAUUCUGAGGAGGUUUUCAUGGGAGAACAGGUUAGCCGCAGCGCCACCUCCUAUUUUUUCUUGGCUACUAACGGAGCGCCACCUUACGGCAAAGGAAUAAACUCAAAGCUGGCUAAAAAGAGACGCUAGGCGGCGUCUUCAGCCCAGUUUCAUAUUUAAAGUGGAAUAGUAACAGCUUAUAUAGCUUUUUAGAAUUUUUUCAAAAUAAAUUCUGCCUUCGGUACA